AUGAUAAGCUGUCGUCUUUCACAAGCAAUAUGCAUCUCAAAAAAGCGCACAUUUCACGCGUCCUCGUGCACACUCAAGCCGAUCCUUGAGCCACGCUUGGAAGACCAGGGCCAAGUGAUUCAUGAUAAAUACUCGGACAUCCGAGAUAGCUAUGAUGCUCCAAAACAUCCAGUUGUUCUCGCCCAUGGGCUGCUUGGCUUCGAUGAACUGCGCCUAGCUGGUCCCUAUCUUCCUGGUGUCCAGUACUGGCGUGGGAUUAAGGAGGCACUUUCUGCAAAAGGAAUUGAAGUUAUCACUGCUACUGUUCCUGCAUCUGCUUCUAUCGAGGAACGUGCCGAGGCACUGAGCCGUGAAAUUGAAGUCGGGGCACGAGGGAAAGAUGUCAAUAUCAUUGCCCAUAGCAUGGGUGGUCUCGAUUCUCGGUACAUGAUUAGUCGGCUUCGACUAGAGAAGUUCAAGGUGCUAUCAUUAACAACUAUUGCAACCCCGCAUCGAGGUUCUGCUGUGGCAGACUACGUUUUCGACCAGAUUGGAGUCGAGCGUCUUCCCCAGAUUUAUUAUGCAUUAAACCGACUCCGUGUCGAAACUGGGGCCUUCGGCCAGCUAACGAGGAAAUACAUGUCCGAGACUUUCAAUCCAAAUACGCCAAACGUUGAAGAUGUUCGGUAUUUCUCUUACGGUGCAGCAUUUGAGCCCAGUAUCUGGUCAGCGUUCCGCCUGUCUCACAGGAUUCUCAGAGAAAUGGAAGGGCCCAACGACGGUCUAGUCAGCGUGGCGAGUAGUCACUGGGGAGGUGAAAAGGGAUACAAAGGGACAUUAAUGGGAGUCAGCCAUCUAGAUCUGAUCAACUGGAGCAAUCGAUUGAAAUGGUUGGCUGGAGAGGUAAUGGGGCAACGGCGGAAUUUCAAUGCGAUUGCUUUUUAUCUGGAUAUUGCAGAUAUGUUGGCGAAAGAAGGUCUUUAG